AUGCCCGAGGCCUUCUACGGCCGGGCCGUCCGCACGCCGUGCGACGCGGAGCUCUUCGUUUCCGGCCUCCUACGCGUCCGCGCUGCUGUUUCGUCCUCGGCCCCGGCGUUGGGGAAGACGCGGCAGCGGCGCGGAGUUGAUGAACACCUCACGGCGCGGCUUCUGGAGACUCCCUUUCCCAAGUCCAUCCCCGUGUCCUACUGUUUUUCGGGGGCUCUUUCGUCACGCCCGUGCCCUCGCAUGUCGGCCGUCGGAGUCGGCGUGGCCUCGGCGCGACGCGCGGCGAAGAUCUCCGAUCUUCUCCCCGUCGUGCAGGCCAUGCGGCUCCGCGACAUCCUCACGGGCAACACGCAGCACGUCAUCGACGAGGCCGCGCUGCCGCCGUCGCCGGCCGCCCUCUACUACUUCCUCGACGACCAGGACUCGCAGCGCGGCUCGAAGUGGAACCCGAAGGGCGUCGGCCGGCCGCGCUUCAACGCGUUCAACCGGCAGGUCACCGAGCUCCUCCGCGACCCCUUCGUCGUCGCGAACAUGCUCGCGGCGCUGAAGAUGGUGUCGGACCGCGGGCCCGUCGUCGAGUCGGCGCCCGACAGCGGCGACCCGGCGCGCGCGCCGCGCGGCCGGCCGCCGAAGCGGCGGCUCGAGACGGAGGACCCGGCCAUGAAGCUCAUGCAGGAGCAGGUGGAGCGGGCGGAGGCCAAGAACGCGGCCCUCGAGAAGGAGAAGGCGGCCCUCGCGGAGGAGCUGCGGGAUGCCGAGGCGACGGCGGCGGCCAAGGCCGACGGGAUUUCGUCGGUCACGCUCGACGCGGCGUUGAAGGCCAUCCGCGACGCGCUGGACCGCGCCAAGCUCCAGUCCGAGCAGGCGUCGCGCAACAUCGACUUAAUCGUCGGCGUCGACAGCAGCGACCUCUCGAUGGCCGAGCUGGGCGUGCUGAGCAAGGUCGGCGACCUAGUGCACCUGAGCGCGGAGGUAUUGGACGCGGCCGUCGCGUCCGCGCCGGGCCUGGCGCAGCAGCUCGACGAGCUCGUGGCGACGCCCCGGGCGAAGCCGGAGCUCGCGCUGAUCAAGCGCCGGCGCGUGUUUCUCAAGCUCCUCGAGGUCGCGAAGGUCAGGAGGACCAAGGGCGGCGUCGAGAACGUGCUACCGCGGCACGCGGCCGUCACGGCCAUGGCCACCGGGGCGACGGCCGCGAGCGUCGAGACGCGGCGCCGGUGCAUGGGCGACACCAUCUCCUUCGCGGAGACCUGGCGCUUUUGCAAGGUCGCCGCGCGCCUCGCCAAGGUCGCGUACCCGGGCCUCUUUCCGGGCCGGCGAGUCGCCUUCGCCGACGACAACGCGCAGUGGACGCGCCUCUGGGCGCAGCAGCGCCUGGAGCACUUCAAUUCGUUCGAGACCAACCCGCUGCUCCAGUCGUGGUUCGCGAUCGCGUGGCCGCUCCAGACGCUGCCGCUGGAGAAGACGCUCCGCGAGCUCGGCGUGCAAAUCAAAUCUUCAACCCGACUUCAAUGCGAGCUCGGCGUGCGCUCGAAGCCCUUCGUCGAGGUCCGCGCGGCCGACUUCGACAUCGACGCCCACUCCCAGCCCUGGCUCGCCAAGGAGCUCGGGGUGCUGAGCGUCGACGGCGGCUACGGCCGCGACCUCCUGAAGCGCACGCUCUACAAGCUCGUCUGGCGCCACGACCCGGGCGCGUUCCCGCCGGCGGUCUUCAAGAAGCCGCGGUGGACCGACGCCUUCAAGUACCGGCCGGAGGGCCCGCUCCAGCUCGAGGACGACUGGAAGAAGGACGACGUCAAGUCCCUCGAGGUCCAGCUCAAGAACACGCAGAAGGUGCCCGAGGUCGCCGAGGCGCGCCUCCAGGCGCUCGACUGGUUCGGCAUCGGCUGCGGCGACCCGGGCAAGGACUGGGUGAUCUACGUCGGCGACUACGUCCUCUACCGCAACGGCCUCAACGCCGCGGGCAUGACGGUCGCCGAAUUAUCGCGGCUCCUGGACAAGCGCGUCGUGCGGACGACGGCGCAGCUCGUCGCGCUCGAGGCCGCGGAGACGGCGGCGGCGACGCCGCUGGCCGGGCCGACGGGCGACGCCGCGGCGGCGUCGACGACGGUCUCGGCGCAGCCGCCGGCGGCGACGCCGUCGACGGCGGUCCCGGCGACGUCGACGGCCGCGACCGUCGCGGCGACGUCGACGGCCGUCGAGGACGGGCCCUCGCCGCGGGAGUCGCUCGACGCCUUCUUGGCGAUCAACCCGAGCUCCAAGCAGGUCCAAGAGGCCUGCAUGGCCUGGGGCUUCGGGAUGAACGAGGACGUCACGCAGUACAAGCGCGCGGCGAAGCUCGAUCACGGCACGGGCAUGACGAUCUGCCGCCUCGCGAGGCUCAACGGCAUCAACCUCCUCAAGUACCUCGUCGAGAACAUCGACGAGCCCUGCUUCGCGAGCCGCGACUACUCGCCCCUCGUCGUCCCGCCGGACAUCGCCGCCACGGCGGAGAGCUUGGAGCCCGCGCGCAAGAACCGGCCGACGGCGUCGUACCGGCCGACGACGCCGUCGUUCGGGCUCGAGCCGCCCGUGGACCCGCAGGCCGCGCAGUCCGGGCGGCUGCCGCGCGCCUGCACGCUGCGCGAUGCGUCGGCGCGCGGCGGCGACGGCGGCGACGCUCUGGACCGCUUCGAAGAGGCCGGCGACGACGACGACGAGGCGUGCUACGUCUGCGGGGACCCGCUCGGCAUCGCCGAGCCGAGCAUCUUCUGCGUCGGCUGCGGCCAAAAGGCCCACGUGAGCUGCGUCGACCACCGGUCGCGGGGCGACCACCUCUGCGACGACAUGCGCGUCAUCCGCAAGUUCAUCGAGGACGACGUCCCCCUCUCCUUCCUCCUCCAAAAUCCCAAGGGCGGCAAGAGCCGCGACCGCUACGAGGCCUACAAGGUCGCGACGUCGGGCGCGGACUUCCAGAGGCGCGGCGGCUCCGCGGAAGACCUCCGCAACGACCUCGUGCGAGGCUACGUCACCCUCGGCGGCGAGGCCGCGAAGGAUCCGUGCGGCCCUGUUGCCCGCGACGGGAGCCGCCGCUCCACGGCCGCGCGGCGAGGCCCGCGCGGUCGCGAGGCCCGAGCUGACGCCGCGGCCGACGACGGCGUCCGACGGGGCGUUCCAGUCCUGCCUCCGCGCGAUCAAGGCCCAGGGGCUGCAGCCGGGCACAUCGGCCUCGAGGACGUCCUCGGCGACGCGACCUGCGGGCUGCCGCUCCGCGCGUCGUACCGGGCGGAAGCCGCCGCGAUCCGCGCCGCGGCGACGCCCGCGCAGCGGCGCGCGUUCGCCGGGCGGUGGCUCCACAUCGUCGACGACCGGGCCAAGGUCUUAGGCGAGCGCUCCGGACCGCGGGCGUGCGGCGCGCUCGUGAGCUUCCGGGCCCACGUCCUCGAGGGCCUCGGCGACGCGAAUUUGGACGCCGCGGGCCGCGCGGACGUCGACGCGUACGCGCGCCUCAUCCAGAGCCACAUCGACGAGAACCAGGCCAAGGCGCGACGGCUCGACGACCUCGCGACGCGCAUCGCCGCGGCGCGCCUCAGGGCCGACGACGGCGGAGGCGCGACGGCCGCGGACCGGCGCGGCGACGACGGCGGCGACGACGACGUCGGCCGCGCGGACGGCCGCGGCGACGGCGACGGCGGCUUCGACGCCGCCUACCCCGAGCUCCUUCGGAUCCACAAUCUGCCGGGGCUCUGGCACCUCCUGGAGGCCGGCGGAAUCAAGGUGAUCUUCAAGCUCUACUACAAGUCGCUCCUGGGACGCUGCGCCCACGACGUGCUCAAGCGCAAGGGCAUCACCAUCAAGGCGGCCAAGUUUUUCCAGGCCACGGAGCUCUUCUACCACGUCUGGGAGGCCAUGGCCACCGCCCUGUUCCGCGCGCACCGGAAGAGCCAGACGUUCCGCGAGUCGCCCGUCGACCUCGACACGCCGGAGCUGUACAUGGACAACUUCCUCGAGUGGUACCGCGCGAAGCGGGGCACGGGCGACGUGCCCUUCGUCCACUACGGUGGGUUCGUCUUCGGCAUGGGCAUCUACUUCCGCUUCUGCAAGAAGAGCAUCAGCCUCAAGCUGCCCAUGCUCACGUUCGCGCUCCAGCUCAUCCACCUCGGCGCCUGCGACAUCACGAACAAGUACAACCUCAAGCGCCAGUGCUUCUACAGCCUCGUCAAGUUCCUGACGAGCUCGGAGGACGUCGCGAAGGGCUUGCUCGCGGCGUCCACGGUGAGCCUGAGCGGCCGGGAGCACCACGCGGUCUCGUCGGACGCCGCGCAGGAGAUCAAGCAGGGCGAGAUCCAGAAGAGCAUGGGCCCCAAGUUCGGCGUGGCCAAGGUGCUGAUCCACUCGGCGCUCAACGACCUGCUCUCGGGCGUCGCGAAGUCGUUCGCGGCCAUCGCGACGGGCGACGCGUCGGCGGCCGCGGCCGGCGGGCGGUCGAAGAACGCGCAGGCCGACAUCGCCGCCCUCGUCGCCCACUUCGAGGCGCACGACAUCUUCAACUACGAGGGCCCGGCGCGGACGUCGCUCCCCGCGGGCCUGACCUCCAAGGACUACGUGCUCCCCAAGGGCUACGUGGCGCCCCUGGACUUCACCGCGCCGCUCGACAGGCAGCACCAGCCCGUGCUCGAGCGGGCCUUCGUCGCGGCCACGGAGCUCCUCACGCAGGCCGGCCUCCACGAGGCCGACGAGCCCGUCGAGCUCGCCGUGCCGGCGCUCCGGGACGACGACGACCUCUCCGCGGAUCACCGGUGCCGCAUGCUGCAUGCUGUUGGAUUGUCGAGCUCCGCCCGCGUCACGCGUAUCGGCGCGUGUCGGCGCCUUCGGCGCCUUCGGCGCCUCAUUUUUUUCUUUUUUUUCCCUUCUUUUUUUUACCCCGCCGUCCCAUGA